UAUAGUAACAACCUAAAACAUGCAAAAUUCCUUCCAAUUUUCUAUUCCUCAUUCAUUUUCACCCCCAAAAUUUCAUUUCCCUCUAACAUACAAUUUGAAUUCGUUCACUUCUUCGACUCACCAUCAACCUGUCCCCGCCCACACACCCCUAGCUCAAAAAAUGGAAGAACAAGAAGGUUCAUUACUCCACCUAACAAUGGAGAAAGGGCCUAAUUCGGGUCAAAAUCUGAGCUACAAACCCGGUUCAAAGAUCCAAAUUGGUCGGGUCAUUCGUGGGAAUACAAUCUCCAUCAAAGACGAAGGGAUUUCUUCUAAGCACUUAAGUAUCCAUUUCGAAUCCGGGUUAUGGGUCAUCAAUGAUCUCGGAUCCUCAAAUGGUACAUUUCUCAACAAAAUCGCAAUUGACCCGUCUCGGCCCACUAAACUUAACAACGGCGAUGUGAUCAAAAUCGGCGAAGAGACGUCAAUUAAGGUUGGAAUUGAAGGAAUGAGAGUUGAUUUAGGGGAAAAUAGGAGGAGGAAUACGAGGCGUAAAGGAUUGGGAGUGAUUGAUGAAGAUAAGGAAUUAGGGUUUGGAAAUGGGGGGAUUGGGAAUGUGGGUGUGGGUUUGAAGAGGACGACGAGGAGUUCGAAGAGAGGGAAGAAUGAAGCUGGAAAUGUAGAUGAAGUUGAGAGCUUUAGUGUAUUUGAAGGGACUACAAGGAGGACUCGGGGUUCUAGGAAAGUGGAGAGUGUGAAAAAUGGGGUUGAUAAUGUGAAUGAAGCUGAGAAUGUUGAUGUUGAAAGAGAGGGUAAGCGGUGUCCGAGGAGGACUGGGCGUUCUAAGGAAGUGGAGAGUGUGAUACAUGCGGUUGCUAGUGCGAAUGCAGCUGAGAAUAAUGAUGUUGUUGAAAGAGACGGUAAACGGUGUCCGAGGAAGACUAGGGGUUCUAAGAAAGCUGAUGUUGUUGAUAAUGCUAUGGAGGAAAGUGAAAGUCUUGCUGUAGUUGAAGAAGAGCAACAGAAGAAACCUAGUCCGAGGAGGACUAGGGGUUCUAGGAAAGUGGGGAGUGUUAAAGAUGGAACUGAUGGUGUGCAGGAAAAUGAAAGUCUUGCUGUAGUUGAAGAAGAGCGAGAGAGGAAACCUAGUCCGAGGAGGACCAGGGGUUCUAAGAGAGCGCAAAAUAUUAAAUGGACUGAUAGUGUGGAGGAACCUAAGAAUUCUGCAGCAAUUGAUGUAGAUAAAGAGAAAAAAGUGUGUUCAAGGAGGACUAGGGGUUCACGGAAGGAGGAAGAUGUGGAAAAUCGCCAUGAAAAUGCAGGUGAAAUCAGAGAAUUGAAGAAACUUGGGAAGGGGAAGGGAAGCACUGCAAAAAUGGUGCAUUCGGAGGAAGAUGAGCUAAUGGAGAAGUUGGAAAGAGACCCAAAAGAUUGUGAAGAAGCAAUUCAGAGCAAUGUCAAUGAGGGAGUAGAAAGAAAUAUGCUCGAGGGGGUGAGAGUGGAAUUUGGCCGGGACGGUUGUGAGGGGUCAGUUAGUAAUGUUGGCUUUAACAUCAGUGAAGAUGUCCAAAUGGAGGAGGAGGUGAAUUUAGAGGAAAUGACACUUGGAGGGUGGUUUGAUUAUUUAGAGGUUAAUUUGCCAAAACAAAUAAUUGAUGCCACUGAGAAGAUGAUUUUAGGUAUGACACAGAAAACAGAGAAAUAUCAGGAGUUCAUGUUGCAGCAGAAGAAUGCAAAGGAUUGUGAUGGAAUACCGAAGGGUUAGACCAAGGACUCCGUAGUAAGGUUACAAUGUCUUCGUUGCUAUUUCAAGAGAAGGGGUUGCAUUCACACAAACGACUGAGUUUGGCGGCAUCCUCUGAAAGAUAAAUUACCCUUUUUAGACUCUGUCUGAGAUUUAUAGACUGCAGUUGCAUCUGUUGACAUAUUCAGUUGGGGUUCAAGCUUCUUUUUGCUAAUUGUCUGGCUGUUGAUCCUUGUGGAAGUAGCAUCUGCCGUUGGUACAGUUUUGUGGUUGAUGAAAGAAAAAGUGCCACUAUUAAUUCAACGGGACAAUAUUAGCUCUAAAUUAGGAUGUUCCACAUAAUUAUGAUGAAAUGAAAUCACUCUCCUCAAUAUGGUUGUGGUUGUCAUGCAGAAGAGAUGUCCUUAGAACCAAAAAGUUUUCAUAGUGUGGAGCCCGAGAUUAAACAACGUAAAGGUUAGAAGCUGAUAGAACAGAAGAUGUUCAAUAUCAGAAAGAGACAUUGGCAGCUAGAAGGAGUGAGCAAAGGUUUGUCCUACAAACUGAAGGAAGCAGGAUGUUAUGAUAAUGGAUACUGUGGCAGAUGGAAGUACACCUGGGCUGAUGCUUCUGAUACUAAAAUUGUUUCGGCCGACGUAGAUUUUAGUCUUUGUUGCAUAUUUCUCAACAUUGACAUAGAGCUGCAGUUUGUAACAUAACGGUUAAUGCUCGAUUGCUUCACUUACGCAUACUACUCACUCUUGAGAAGAUUUUCCUUCGGUGUAGAUGAUGCUGUUCGGAGUUUUAUCGGCUUUCUUAAAUAAUUUCUACUGCUGUUGUUGGCCA